UGGUGUCCGAACAGCGGACUGCCUGAAAUCGGCUUCUUGUUUCAUUUAAAACUUAUAAUUUGUGAAUUAUUUGUGUUUCAGGUUUCCAGCAUGAUUGCUUUUUUUUGUUUUUAAAUUAUCUGCCAGGAGGAAAGCAUUUGUUGCCCAUCUGUAAUUGCUCUUGAAUCAGCUUGCUGGGCCAUUCCAUAGAGCAGUUACAGAGCAGCCCUGCUGUCCACAGCUCUGUUGAAGAAGACUUUAAUUGUUAGAAUUCAAGGUAAACAUUGUGAAAAGGAGAUGUUGCAGCAGGUAAACCAGCUGUGGAGUCUGCUGGAUGACAUGUCUGAAAACAGCCCCGAAGCAUAUCAAAAAUUCAUCCGGCAUCACCUAGAAGAAGGAAUGAAGCAGUUCAGUCCACCGGACCCUCACAUGUGCUUUCAGACAAGAAUAUUGGAAUUCAGUGAGAAGUUGCUGUAUGUAAACAUUUGCAGCUGGAGUAGGGUCCCUGCUCCAAAGUCUGAGUCAGAUCCUGUCCCUCUUGGUGGAGGGAAGUUGGAGGAAAAUGUAGAGGGCACAGAGAUUUAUUCAGUCACGGAUGUUGCAUACAACCCAGAGGUCCUUAAGAAAGGAAGUGAAGGCCCUAUGGAAAGGGAUCAAUUGAUCUGUCUAGCUAUGAAAUAUAUUGAAGAACAGCACUCCUUACACCUGUCACACACUUACACCUUACUGAAAGACAAGCUAAAAGGAAGUAAAAAACAGAUGAAGCAACGACUGACUGGAAAGGCUGGCCCUGCACAAACUGCCAAGGAGAUUGCAUCAGGAGAAAGUGGUGCUUCAUUGCUACAACAGUUGACAAAUCUCAAAAUAGCAGACAAGGAAAAUGAAGAAAAUAACCCCUCAAUUCAGUUGCCGAGUGACAUCAGAUAUCCUAAGAAACCAGGACUCAUUGAGGAGAUUUCGAGUACGGAAUUUGACAGUGGAAAUAAAGUAGAGACUCCAAAAUACCAAUUACUCAUUAAAGACGAAAAUGAAAAGGCAAAAACAAUUCAACUGAGGGUAGAGCUUCCUGAAGUAUCCUCUGUCACAGAAUGUAAUCUCAGUGUUUCAAAGGAUGACUUAGUUAUUGAUGUCCCCAAGAAGUAUAGGCUGCAGCUUGAUCUACCUGAAACUAUCAGUGAGGAUAUCGUCACUGCAAAGUUCAACAAAAAGACUCACAUCCUGGCUGUGGGGAUGCCUAUCAAGUAAUUGUAUUGCAUCUCUCUCCCAUUGAAGUAUACACAUUUGAUAUUAAUAAUCACAGAGCACUACAUCCAAGCAGAUUACUGAGGCUGCCCUUUCAAAAGGACAUAUUAUAAAUGUGAAAAAAUAAAUGUGAUGGUCUAAAUAUUUUUAUAAUAGGGAGAAUAGCAUUCUAACUUACAGGCCAUUUGUCCCAACCAGUCUAUGCCAGGGUUUAUGCUGUACUCGAGCUUCCUCCAGUCCUUCCUCAUCUAACUGUCAGCAAAACCACCAUUAUCUUCUAUGUUUAUCUAUUUUUUCCUUUAAGGUAUCUAUGCUAUUCACCUCAAUUACACUCUGUGAUAAUAAGAUCCACAUUAUCACCAGUAAAGUCCCUUCUUAAUUCCCUAUUUGAUUUCUUGGUGACCAACUAAUAUUGAUGGCCUCAGGUUUUUAUUUGUGCAGAAGGGCAAAACUGGUCUCUGUACCUACUCUAUAUAAACCCUUCAUAACUUUAAAAGAUUUCCAAUAGGUCAUCCCUCAGCCUUAGAGAAGGCAGCCAGCCUUUUCAACUUUUCCAGAUAGGUAUAACCUCACCGUUCUGGCAUCAUUCUUGUGAAUCUUUUGCACUCUUGCCAGUAAGUGCCAUUAUAUCCCUUUAUAAUAUGGCAACCAUAACAGUAUGCAGUACUCCCAAAUGUGGUCUAACAAAGGUUCAAUACAAGUUUAUCAGAGUUCCUCUCCUUUUCAAUUCACUGUUUCUAGAGAUAAGUCAAACUAAAUUUGCAAUAUACACAUCUUAAAAUAUUAGCCUCAAAUACAAAUCUUAUAAUUCCUGAAGACUUAAAUAUAAAUUUGAGAACCAAAUGAUCAAGUAUGAGGGCAUGCCCAUCUAGUUAAAUCCUAGAGUAGGAUUUUUUUUUAAAAAAACUUAAUUUCAGGCCUUGUGUGCCCCUGAACAUUCCUUACUGAAGAGAGUUGUUACCUGCUCCUGGAACACUAGAUAGUGCGUAUGUCUGAAAUAAAAACAAAGUGCUGGAAAUACUCAGCAGAUCUGGCAGUAUGUAUAGAGAGAGAGAGAAACAGAGUUAACGUUGUUACAAACAUGACUCUUCUUCAGAGCUCCAGCAUCUGUAUUUUGCUUUUAUUUUGGUGCAUAUGUCCACUGAUCUGAUUCAUCUUUUGAUGUGCAAAAGUAACUGGGAACUUGCCACAUGAGGAAUGCUGGAUGCGAACUUAGAACCCACCUCUCCCUAGUAUAGCAGCUUUAAGAUUUAAAGCACUACUUUAUUGUUCCACUUCAAAACCCAAUAUCAUUAUGGAGACUAAUGAUUUUUAUGCCUAAUGAGCCUGCUGCUGUAAAGCAGUUUCUCUCCUGUCCUUCUUUGUCAACAAGCCAAUCUGUUCCAGAUCUUUAUUGGUAGCAUUGAAAUAAAACAUGCUCUAACCAGGGGUGGUGCUCCCUGCUAGUUGCCAGGUGCCAGAACAUCAUGUAUGGCUAAGAACAGGAAAUCUUCUGGGAAUAGGAAACAAUGGGCAUAAAUCGACCAUCCACCCUGUGUAAUUUUGCAUUGAUGCUCACAUGCACUAAGCAAGUGCUGCUAGCAAAACAACAGAUCGAACAUGUAGUACACACUGGUUCCAGCUUGCUAUCAAUCAGUAGUCCUUAGGAUCUAGAGUGGCUGAAUUAUUAUGUAUAUUUUUUAACUCAAUGCAUGACAUAAAAAUAAACAAAAGCUUAAGUUUUUGUACUAUUA